AAUCGGCUGGGACGAUUCUACCAAAACCUUUUCACCACGGAAGCAAGAGUGUGCAUUUUGGCGUAGUAGUUUAGAGAAAGACUGAGUCAGAUUCGAUUCAAAAGAGAGACAGAGAGAGAAUCGGAAGAGAGAAUCGGAAGAGAGAAAUCGAAGAAAAAAGGAAGCCAUGGACGACCAAGAGUUCCGUAGCCUCCUUGAUCUCUUCCCCGUCGUACGCUCUCGCGACCACCGUGCUGAUUUAGAUUCUUCAAGGCAAUCAACUUCACAGUCAGUUGUGGACCGAGAGGUAAGUGAGUGGCAUGAUGCGCCGAGUGUAGCUGAGCCUAAAGUCUUGCAAGAUCGGAAGACUGAUCAAGAUAAAUUCUGGGAAAAGCUGAAAGCGGCUGCUAAAAAGAAGGUUGGUGAGGUUGAAGCAGAGAGGUUUUGUAAGGCUUUCGAGAAACUCCACAAGAAACUUGUGUACGAAGAAUUGGAUCAAGAAGCUGCAAAGCGAUACUUAUUAAACUCUUAAAUUUGUGUCUUCUUCUAUACAAUGUGCUUCCAAAAAAGUUUGGUUAUGUGGUGGAGACACUACAACCCUUGUCUUUUUGUUUAUCGUAAUUAUGAAGGAGCAAAAUUCUCAUAUUGUGGUCGUCUUAGUUAUGAAUUUAAAAAUCUUUCCCAAAUUCUCCAUAUCUGAUCGGAACCUUUUAAAACU